AUGGUUCAUAGUCCCUAUGGGCGCAGGUUCCCUUUUUCAAUCAGUCUGUGCCGGCUCUGGGCAGCUCGUGGCUACAACGUGCUCAUUGUAAGCACACGAGGGACGUUUGGCUCUACAGGGCUAUUCAUACCGGCUGUGCACGAGGUGGCAGAUUCCGACCGGAUCGUGAAAUGGAUGCGCCAGCAGUCUUGGUACACUGGCACUUUUGGCACCUUCGGCAUAAGCUACCUUGGGUACACGCAAUGGGCACUGAUGGACUCGGACGAGCCUCUGGAAGACUACGUUGCCGCCGUCAGCAUAGUUGGUCCUCACGACUUCUCGGACCUCUUGUGGGGGAACGGCUCGUUAUGGUUACCAAGCCUAGACUGGGCCAAGAACAGCACUGUUAUCGAGUCGACGAACACGCUAAAGUCCUUCUACAAUCUUGUCACUGCAGACCCGAACGGAGACAUUGCUGUCAAGAAGACCGUACCGCUGGAGGACGGCGCCAAGAAGGCAGUCGGGGUCGAUACGCAUACGUACACGUGGCUACACGAGUGGAUAUCCGGUUCCUACAGCAAGAUCAAAGGGGAGGGGGCGACUGAGUUCUGGAAGUCGAUGAACCACACGAGAGCACUUGAGAAGACCAAAGUGCCCAUCUUGUUGAUUGGAGGGUGGCAGGACAUCUUCACUGAGGCACAGACAGCGCAAUGGCGACGGCUGAACGAACGAGGCUGCACUGUGGCUCUGACCAUGGGCGCAUGGAAUCACAUGCAGGCUGGACAAGACAUGAAGGAAAUACACGCCUGGUUCGACAAGUACCUGGGCAAGAAGACAGAUGGAGAAAUUCGGGAGGCUCCAGCGAAAAUCAACGUUACAGGGACCAAUGAGUGGAAGUGGUAUCCCAGCUGGCCUCCUGCGACGAAACCCCUGGAGCUCUAUCUCGACCUCCAAGGUCAACUCUCCAAAGGCAUCCCUGACAAAACAGAUGAGGCGCAGUUCACAUUUGAUCCUCACAAUCCCACGCCGACAUUUGGAGGCCCUCUCCUUUUUGGCGGCGGCUAUGCGGACGACACCGCGCUCGCGGAACGACCAGACGUUCUCGCCUUCACCACCUCGCCGCUUACCGAGGACAUUGAGAUCCACGGCAAGCCGCAUAUCGAGGUCUCCCACAGCAGCGACAACCCGCACGUCGAUCUCUUUGUUCGGCUCAGUGAGGUGAACAGCCACGGCAAGUCUAGAAACAUCUGUCAGGCGUAUCGAAGACUCGAUCCCGAUCGCGCUCCGGCUGGUCAGAAGGUCAAGAUUGAGCUAGACCUGUCCGACUGUGCACACCACUUCAAGAAGGGCAGCGCAAUACGGCUGCUCGUUGCCGGCGGGAACUUUCCGCAUUACGCUUACAACUUGGGCUCUGGUGAAGGGCAAGCCACGGGUACCACUCUCCGCCCUGCGAGGCAUACGGUCUAUACGGGCGGCAGCGAGGGGUCGAAAUUCGUGUUGCCCGCAUUAGAUACUUAGGUAAAUGAUAAGACGGUGGUAAGUGGAGUGUGUGUUGUAUAAGGUUGGUUGGUUGGGAUGACUGGAGGCAUGGAACACCCGGUAGGCCUCGUGUAAGGAAGCUGAUAUCGAAGGCAACGAGGGAAUGUUAUUGUAUUGAUGAUUCUACUCAUAUGUCAGGUUGUGCCGGAAUAUUACGAUCCGGGAUGGACUCCCCUCCAAGCUGCAAUAUAGCACACGAAUCGAGCUGGACUAUUGCACCUUUCGUAUGGAUGUUUCGUAAUCCUGGGAACUGAGCUGGAUGAGGAAGGCCUACCCAAGUUAUAGACCCUCGAUAUGAAUGGCAUGAGGUCCAAGGUUC